AAUGCUUGAUCCAAGGGAGGCGAGCGAGAUCGAGAGGUAAGAAGGAAGCUGAAGACGGGUCACUGUUGGCUUUUCUCUGCCUCUUUUAUUCCAGAUAUGGAGCUCCUCUCUUUGGCGGCGGUUGUAAUCGACGCGGUAUCGACCAGGGCUUGAGAUCGCCAGCGGAACCCGAAGCGGAGGCAUCACAGAGGGGAAGAAUCCAGCGAAAUAUUUAGGCCUUGCUUCCAAUCCGAAUCUACGGAAGAAUCGUUGAGGUGCAAUCGAGAGGAGGAAGGAGGAGGAGCUCGUCCGUCGUUACUGCCGCCGUGCUUCUCUUCACUCGAAGUAGUGGUUCCCAGCCAUGUAUCCCCUCAUCGACCUUAUGAAAGGAGUGGGAUAAUUCUUCAUGGAGCUUGCUUUUUUAUUGAAAUACUAUAUGUAACCCAGAACUAUAUUUUUUCAAUUUUCAAAUUAUGAUGAAUUUAUCCAACAAAGGUCUUGCAGACAGCAAGGUUGCAAAGUUGAGUUCAUUGAACAGGGUCACCACAUUAAAUCCUAGUGCAGCCGAAUUUGUUCCUUCAGCCCUUAAAUAUACCUAUGGAGUCACCAAAAGUGCAGAGUCAACAAAGUUUGAUCUUCCAGGGUCUUCUAGAAAAGCAGUCUUAGACCAAACAGGGUCUAAUACUUCAAAUAAUUCAGAUGAUGAGAUACACCAGUACUGGCGUGACCAGCUUCCUGAUGACAUCACUCCUGACUUUGAAGUCAUUGGAGAAGAAGAGUUGCAUGAACCUUCUCACCUUACACUUGCAGGUUUCUCAGUUCAUGAUGGUGUUGAACAAUCAAAAUUUUCAGCAUUAGCGACUGGCCAGACAUUGAAUAUGCGGCAAGAUCUUUCUUCUCCUACCACUGAUAUUGGAAAUAUGGGAUAUCCUGGAUCUGUUAACUAUAAACAACAAUCAUCAGUUGCUUCCAUGAUUUCAGCUUCUAAUAUGAAGGGAAAAUCAUUCAUUGGUGAACAGCAUGGGAAGGUACUUUAUGAUGGAGAUUUGAAUGCUGAUUUGGUGGGGAAUUUGAUGGGGAAUUUGAUGGGUGAUAAUGUGUUUCUUCAGAACUCAAUCACUGAUCCCAUAGAAUACUUAUCAUCACAAUUUCCUGGUUUUGCCGUUCAGAGCCUUUUAGAUGUUUAUUAUGCAAAUGGAUGUGAUUUGACCUUGACCAUUGAGAUUCUGACUCAGCUUGAGCUUCAAGUUGAUUCCGGCUCUGACCAAAACCUUAGCACAAAUUCCUUGGCUGCUCCAAACUUUAGCCCGAUGGACUUUCCAGCUCUUCCAUUAGCAGACACUCAAAAUCAGUUGUCAAAGUAUACUGGAGAAGAUGUUCAACAUGGUUUUAAUAUGCACAAAUCUUCUUCUGGUACAUCAAGAGGUGAUAUUGAUUUUGCUUCAACUGUUAGAAAAUUAGCAUUGCAGGAUUCUGGUCACUGGAAGUAUGAUAGAAAAGGCUCUGCUGAUACUGGUGUUGGUUCAAGUAGCAAUUCCCAACAGUUGGCUACUUCAUAUAAUGGUCUUAGCAAAAUGGUUUACGGGGAUAAAUGGCAUGGUUCAGGUCCAGCUCGGUCAUCUCCUGUUUGGCUUGAGACUGGGGAAGCAGUGGGUAAUAUUUUUAGUAUAUCUUCUUUUACUGCUCACCAUAUUUCCAUGAAUUUUUACUGGAUUUAUCUAAAGUUUCCCCUUAUCUAUGUUUCCAUUUCUGAGAUUACAGCAAAUAUAUAUUCAGAGUCAAGAGAAGAAGCUCGUGAUUUUGCACGUCUUCGAAAUGCAUGCUUUGAACAGGCAAGACAAGCAUACCUCAUUGGCAACAAGGCUCUAGCAAAGGAACUGAGUUUGAAGGGUCAGUUGUACAACAUGCAGAUGAAAGCAGCUCAUGAAAAAGCUAAAGAAACAAUUUACCAGAGAAGGAACCCAUCUUCUGAGGUCCUUGGCUGCAGCCGCGGGCAGGAUCAUCUUAUCGAUCUGCAUGGCCUUCAUGUCGGUGAAGCCAUACAUGUUCUACAUCGUGAACUGAGAGCCAUGAGGAACACGGCAAGGGCUGCUGGGCAGCAACUGCACGCCCUGAUAUGCGUCGGGACUGGUCACCACACCAAGGGCUCACGAACACCUGCCAGGCUUCCUGUGGCAAUCGAGCAGUACCUGGUGGAGGAAGGCCUUCGCUUCACCCAGCCUCAGCCCGGUCUGCUCCGUGUUGUGAUAUACUGACACAAAAUGAGAAGAAAAAAAAAAGUAUAGAAGAGGGUCGUGAAUUAUAGAAAAUGAAAAAAAAAAAGUGUCUAGCAUUGUAACAUUAACAAUGGUGGCUUUCUGGACACGUUUUGUUAGCCAUUCUGUGGAAUUAUUUGAUUCCAGGGGGAAUUAUUUUUUGUGAGAA